AUGCCGGCUGAACUUUCCUCUGGAGCCGUAGCCCCAAGACAGAGCGACGGAACGCGGGCGUUCCCUUUACCAUCCGAAACGAGUGGUGGGUUUCUACGUAAUCGUCGGCUGCGACGACGAUGGCCUCCUUCACUUACGAGCCUACGCCGAACACCGCCUCAUUCUGGUCAGCACUUUCUUCAUCCCUCCAGUGAGGGAGAAAGCCACUUAGGUGCACCUCCAUUGCUGCACUGGCAGCUGCUGGACUAUGUUCUCGUUCGGCGGCGAAAUUGGCAGAACGUGAUGGUGUCCAAGGUGAUCUGCAACGCCGAUGGCUGGACGGACCACCGCCUUAUCAUUUCCAAGAUGGGCUUCCCUCUGCAACCACACAGGAGGCCACAAUGUAAGUGACUCCCAGUAAGGCUUUGCCUGCUCAACGUUUGCAUUUCAGCAACAAACAGGCGCAGCGGCUGCAAGACAUACCAGCUGCAGAUAAAAACGUCUCCGUGGAGAGCCGAUGGUGCCUGCUACGAGACGGCGUUCAUUCAGCUGCCUUGGCCGUCCUCGGCCACGCACUUCGCCAGAAUCAGCACCUGGUUCGAGGAAAACGCCGCAGUCAUCGGCAACCUGCUCGCCAAGAACAGGCUGCACAGUGCCUACGUUGACCGUGCGACCUAUGCGAACAAAGCGACCUUCCACCAAUGUCGCCGCCUAGCGCAACAACGUUUGCGCGAAAUGAGCACGCCUGAAUGA